GAGCCAACAAAGGUUAUGUCAGUGGAAAGGUGCAGAAAGAGAUGACUGGUAAUUCUGUGUUGUGAUGUUAGUUACUCUCCAGAUUUUCCUUAACGAAGAGUAAGGUCAGAUUUGCAGAGCUCCAUCAUCAUGAAUACAUCGAAUGAUAUGUCACCUGUAACAAGGUUAGAAAGCAUAGCGUCUCAGCUGGGAUGCAGCGUGCUGGAUGAGGACCUCGCUCUCUACUUAGACAAUGAAGAUGAAUUGAAGCACCUCAGACAAUGCUUUCAUAUUCCAAAGAUUAAGGAUUUGCCAACAACAGAUAAAUCUCUUGUUAAUGAAGAAGAGGAGUGUAUAUAUUUUUGUGGGAAUUCUCUUGGGCUUUUACCAAAAAAGGUUAAACCCUAUCUUGAUGAAGAGCUGGACAAGUGGGCAAAGAUGGGCGUUCAUGGUCAUUUCAUUGGAAAACGUCCAUGGGCCCUUGCUGAUGAAUGUAUUGUGGAUCCUAUGGCUAAGCUUGUUGGUGCCAAAGUCGGAGAGGUGGCGUUAAUGAAUGGACUAACCGUUAAUUUGCAUCUUCUGAUGGGAUCAACAUUACUUUCCCUCUCAAGAAAUUGUUUUCUUGUAAAUCACGAAGCAGAUGUGGAACAAUAA